AUGAUUGAUGACGCACAAUAUGAAUCACAUGUGGAUCCAGUUAAAUUUCAGUCCAUCUUUGAAGAUGUUGAGAAACUCAUUUUCCCUAACUGUACAACGUUCACUAAAUUAUCAGCACUGCUUAGAUAUGAUGAUCAUGAUAAAAAUUUAAUUUGGCAUGCUAAGGAUGGUAAGCUGAGACAUCCAGCUGACUCACCAGCUUGGAAAAAAGUUGAUGCGGAAUACAGGCAAAAAGUAGCAGAUGGAGAGUUGGUGGAGGAAGGUUCAAAUAAUAUACUAACUAUGGCAUUAGGCACUCCAGAGCAUGGGGGACGUAGCAGUGCAUUUGGAUCAUCAAAUGCAUCUGGUUCGAGUGUUGGAGGAGCCUCAAACACACCACAUGCACCAUAUGCCCCUCCACCACCGACACAGGCAACAUAUGCCCCUCCACCACCGACACAGACACCAUAUGCUCUUCCACCACCGACAUGGACACCAUAUGCUCACCCACCACCCUCACUAGCACCAUAUGCUACCCCACUACCACAGUCAAACUUUCCUGAUGAGGAUAAAGAUGUUCAAGUGUCUUCAGGAGGAGAAGACAACUACAUGACUUUCUUCGAGAAGAAGAAAGUGACAUCUUUAGAAGAAGAUACAUCACUAAUCAUUGAAGUAAUUUCAGAUGUGAGAUUGGGAGAGCAAAGUUCUAAUAUGCUUGAGCAACUAUGUAAAAUGUUUCCACAGCCUUUUAUCAUUAUGCUUUAUUAA